AUGAUCAUCAUAGGCGGACUAGAGGCGCGCAGCGGAAAGGGGGAGUGGGAGGAGGGGAGGACGGGGCGGCAUGCCGCGUCUGUUUGUGGAGGGCUUCUUCCUGUCGUGGCUCGACAGCUACGAGGACGUGCAGAACGCCGCGCUCACGCUGCUCUACCUGCAGGUAACCUGGUAACCCGCUCCCGUUUCAGGGAGGGUCCCAUCCCACGUUACUGCCACCACGAGCGAGGAGGCAAGCCGCUCGAGCCCCCGCUGCCUGCUGCUCGCCCACCUGCUCACGCGCUUCCCCCCUCCCCUCGCCGCCUUCCCCCCUCCCCACGCCGCUUUCCCCCUCCCCUCGCCGCUUCCCCCCUCCCCACGCCGCUUCCCCCCUCCUCUCGCCUCUUUCCCCCUCCCCUCGCCGUUUCCCCCCUCCCCACGCCGCUUUCCCCCUCCCCUCGCCGCUUCCCCCCUCCCCACGCCGCUUCCCCCCUCCUCUCGCCUCUUUCCCCCUCCCCUCGCCGUUUCCCCCCUCCCCUCGCCGCUUUCCCCCUCCCCUCGCCGUUUCCCCCCCCCCCUCGCCGCUUCCCCCGUCCCCUCGCCGUUUCCCCCCUCCUCUUGCCGCUUCCCCUCUCCCCUUGUCGCUUCCCCUCUCCCCUUGCCGCUUCCCCCUUCUCCAUUCCCAUCGCCGCAUCCCUCCCCCUCACCUUCCCCCAUCCCACGUGCAUCACUCUGCUUUCCCCUCUUCCCACAUUCCCCCUCGCCGUCUCCUCUCCACCUGCUCGCCGCGCUCCUCUCCUCUGUCAUUCCUUUGUUCCUCCCCUCCCCAGUCGCGCCCUGCGUCCUCCCCACCGCAUGCACCCCAUGCACCGCAUGCAUGCACGUGCCAGCACGUGUGCAUGGGUGGGAGCGCACGCAGUGGUGGAUGGCCUCACAUCACACCCAUGCGGCCCCCUCCGCCCCUCGUCAUUGGACUGCUACGCGCCACCGCCCUGCGCUCCUCGCCUGCGUGCAGGCGAUCAUGGGCCUGCCACACCCGCACCUGCUACAGGCGAUCAUGGGCCUGCCACACCCGCACCUGCGUGCAGGCGAUCAUGGGCCUGCCACACCCGCACCUGCGUGCAGGCGAUCAUGGGCCUGCCACACCCGCACCUGCGUGCAGGCGAUCAUGGGCCUGCCACACCCGCACCUGCGUGCAGGCGAUCAUGGGCCUGCCACACCCGCACCUGCGUGCAGGCAAUCAUGGGCCUGCCACACCCGCACCUGCUACAGGCGAUCAUGGGCCUGCCACACCCGCACCUGCGUGCAGGCGAUCAUGGGCCUGCCACACCCGCACCUGCGUGCAGGCGAUCAUGGGCCUGCCACACCCGCACCUGCGUGCAGGCGAUCAUGGGCCUGCCACACCCGCACCUGCGUGCAGGCGAUCAUGGGCCUGCCACACCCGCACCUGCGUGCAGGCAAUCAUGGGCCUGCCACACCCGCACCUGCUACAGGCGAUCAUGGGCCUGCCACACCCGCACCUGCGUGCAGGCGAUCAUGGGCCUGCCACACCCGCACCUGCGUGCAGGCGAUCAUGGGCCUGCCACACCCGCACCUGCGUGCAGGCGAUCAUGGGCCUGCCACACCCGCACCUGCGUGCAGGCGAUCAUGGGCCUGCCACACCCGCACCUGCGUGCAGGCGAUCAUGGGCCUGCCACACCCGCACCUGCGUGCAGGCGAUCAUGGGCCUGCCACACCCGCACCUGCUACAGGCGAUCAUGGGCCUGCCACACCCGCACCUGCGUGCAGGCGAUCAUGGGCCUGCCACACCCGCACCUGCGUGCAGGCGAUCAUGGGCCUGCCACACCCGCACCUGCGUGCAGGCGAUCAUGGGCCUGCCACACCCGCACCUGCGUGCAGGCGAUCAUGGGCCUGCCACACCCGCACCUGCGUGCAGGCGAUCAUGGGCCUGCCACACCCGCACCUGCGUGCAGGCGAUCAUGGGCCUGCCACACCCGCACCUGCGUGCAGGCGAUCAUGGGCCUGCCACACCCGCACCUGCGUGCAGGCGAUCAUGGGCCUGCCACACCCGCACCUGCGUGCAGGCGAUCAUGGGCCUGCCACACCCGCACCUGCGUGCACGCGAUCAUGGGCCUGCCACACCCGCACCUGCGUGCAGGCGAUCAUGGGCCUGCCACACCCGCACCUGCGUGCAGGCGAUCAUGGGCCUGCCACACCCGCACCUGCGUGCAGGCGAUCAUGGGCCUGCCACACCCGCACCUGCGUGCAGGCGAUCAUGGGCCUGCCACACCCGCACCUGCGUGCACGCGAUCAUGGGCCUGCCACACCCGCACCUGCGUGCACGCGAUCAUGGGCCUGCCACACCCGCACCUGCGUGCAGGCGAUCAUGGGCCUGCCACACCCGCACCUGCGUGCACGCGACCAUGGGCCUGCCACACCCGCACCUGCGUGCAGGCGAUCAUGGGCCUGCCACACCCGCACCUGCGUGCAGGCCAAGGGCUGCUGGCCCACAGUGGGGCCCACCUACACAGGGUUGAUCAUGGCAAACCCUUCACUCCCCCCCCUCCCCUGCAGGCGUUCAUCGGGCUAGUGGGCACGGUGGGCCCCACGUACACGGGGGUGAUCGUGGCGGACGUGGGAGUGGCGCUGUUCGGCCUCGUGGCCAUCGCCAGCGGGUACCAGGCGCUGGGGCGCACAUACGCCGCGCUGCUGCUGCUCAUGCUGCUCCUCGACUCCCUCUGGCUCGCCCUCUUCGCCCCCCACAUCUGGUGCCCUCUUCGCCCCCCACAUCUGGUGCCCUCUCUCUCCUCUCCCCCCCCUCACAUGCAUGGCCACCUCCCUCUCUCAAUUAUGCUGGACCUGCCCUCUCUCCCUCACCUCUCCCUCCUUUCCCACUGCCAAACCCCACCCCACCCCACCAGGAGCGAGGAGGUGACGGCGCCGUGGAGGCAGCACCCGCUGGUGGCGGCGGCAGUGCUGCUGGAGCUCACGUGCCACUCCCUCACCUUCGCCCUGCGCCUCCUCUCUGCCCUGCUCUGGCUUCAGAUGCUGCGCCUGGGCCUGGCGGACGGCAGGGACGGCACGGCCGUGCCCAGCUCAGAGGUGCACGCCUACCUCCCUGCUUACGACAGCCUCGGCCCGUACCGCCCUGCAGGCUCGGCAACGCCGGACCUGAGUCCCACGGCGGGGCGGGAGCGGGCGGUGAGCGAUGAGUUUCUGGGCAGCGCCAUCUUCCACCCGUCGGCGUUCGCCACGCUCUUCCAGUCGGACCAGCUGCUCAACUACCUCUCUGAGGACGGCAGCAGCAGCGCGCCCAACAGCCUGGACAGCAGCUAUGGGGGGCACCCCGUGGUGGCAGGCGCGGAGGACAACGAGGGCAAGGGGGCUGAGGAAACAAAGGGAGUGGGGAGGCAAGAGCAUUCGGGCUCAAGAGGGCCCAGGAGCGGCCAAGAGGGGUCAAGAGGGGUGGAGAGGGCAGUGCGCCCAGCAGCGAUGCCCCAAGCAUGUGGUGGCUACAGGGGAGGAGAUUGGAAAGGGGAUGUGAGGCAAGGAGAGGGCGUGACGUGA